AUGACGAAGGCACGCGUUCGUCUUCCUAUGCGCUUUGGUCAUUCUUUUCGCAUUUCCGUAGCACCAAAAGAAAGCUGGGAAGUUCACGCUCAAAAGAAGUCAAAUUUCGCCAGAUUUCGCCCCGCUGUGAGCCCAAUCAUCGCCGAAACACUUGAGGAUGGUGGAAUGCGAGGGGCCACGCCUCCGCCGAAGACUCUCGAAACGAAACUCACGCCCACAACGAAAGCGAGGAGGGAGAACAGCGCGGGCACUAGGAAGCCAAAGCGAAAAAUAAGUUAG